AGCCACGCUGCGUAUCUAGAUAAUUUUAAGCAAUACUCUCUAUUCGUCUCUUCUCUCUUCUCUCUGAUUACUUGAAAGACCAAAAGCCAAGUAGGGUAGGGUAGCUUUGUUGUCAAACAUGAAGAAAAUCCAAAACGAUUUGUUAUUGAAAUAGCAAAUAACCUUAGAUUUACAAGUGUUAUUAACUAGGUAUAGCAGACUAUAUCUAGCCAGGGCAACUUGUAAUAACAGAAUAAGUUUGAAACAGGUCUCUUAGUAGAGAUAUAACAUAUUUUUCUCUGAAGUUUUUUACUAUAUUUAUACUGGCGUCAGAAAAUUAUUCCAAGAAAAUGCUAGACGGGUGGUACUGCCGCUCUAUAGCAAACAUGCAAGCCAAUGAGGCUAGUGUGAGCAAUAACGCGCCACCAGAGCCUCCACAGGCGCGUGAUUCUCACAAAGAAUAUUCUUCAGACAGUAGUAGUGAUCCUGAACCUGAACCUAACUACAGGGCGCAGUAUAUGGCACUGAAGAAGAAGCUCAAAUAUCUCAUAUAUGAGAACGAAUGCUUUCAAGAUGCGCUGAGAUGUAGUCAAAAAAGAUUGUUGAAAGUGUCAAGAGACCGCACCUUCCUGCUCGACCGCCUGUUGCAACAUGAGAAGCCAGACAGCACCACAUCUGAGAGUGAGGACACUGAAUCAUCUGAUGACCCAGAAUAUUAUCGCAAUGAUGUCAAAAGAAAGAAAAUGGAAGCUAGCGCAGCCAGUCAGAAUGUGUCUACAAGCUCAUCAGUCAAAGGAGCAAAUACAAUAAAAAGGAAAAGAGCAACAGUUCCUAAGAAACCUGCUAAUGCAAGUCAACUUCACCAAUCUACUAGUUCCAUGCUGUCUAAAGCUUCGCCGGCUUUAGGUUUCGGCCUAUCGGCUGGUGAUGGCCACAUGACUCCAGAAGAAGUGGAGCGACACUUACAAUCGCGGCAGUCGUACAUGGAGCUGCUACCUGAGCGAGCUCCACCGACAGUUCCAACUGAAAUGUUCAGCAACGAUCCUUCACUUGACAGUGAAUCUAACGAUGUAUUGGAGAAUUCGCCGAAUGUAGAAGAAUGGUUUGAUUAGUACAAAAGUUAGUGUAAUAUAAAGUAUUUAAUUUUAAGGGUCCCGAAUAAUUUUUGUGCCAAAACGGACGAGAUUAUAUUUUUG